GACAUACUUGGCUCGUCAAAUCUCCCGUCAGCAUUUGUGUACAAGUAGGAGAUAUUACGAUGCUUGCAUCGGAAAGUAAUCAGAAUAGAGCUCGCCGUGAACAUUCUGCUGUAGCAGUACAACCAAUAUUUGUAAAAAUGUGUUUGUUAUGGAAUGAGUUAUAAAUGUAAUCGCAUGUUAGGAUCAGUUUAUAUUUGUUUAAUGCGGUAUCUUGAACUCGACUGGAUGUUCAGCGUGCAAAACACGUAGACGCGGCGGUGCACUGUUCAAUCAAGCGUUUUAUGAAUAAGAUCAACGGCGCGCACUGUCGAAAUAUGAUUUAUUGAAUUAAAUAGCCAGGCGCUCUUACGUUUAUAAGCUUUUAGGUGGAGCAUUUCACUGGAUUAAAGAUUAACUUGUGAUAAAGUGGCGUCGAGAGUUAUUAAUGCAUGUAACGGGAUAUUAAAUUACAGAUACUUGUGUUUAAUGGUAUUACAUUUUUUUUCUUUUUUUUUUUGUAAAAUAAAAAUACCAAAAUUAUAUUUAAAUUAAAGGAAUAUUGUUUGUGUCAUUGACUUUGUUUUGAUGGAAAUAAAUAUUUUUUUCUGCUACAUGUUUACGUAAUAUAAGUGAUAAUUUCUAUUCUCGCAGUAUUGAAAAGUUGUGAUAUUUUCAUUUACUCUGUGCGGAUUAUUAAACAAUACACGUCUGACUAAGACUUGUGACCUAUGCCACACUACAUUGGUAUUUAGUUUUUUGUUUCAGAUAUUCGUAGACAAUGGAUUUAACUUUUGGAUAUCCUACAGAGAGUCUCUUCAUGGAGUAAUUAAGUGUCAAAAUAGUGACUUUUUAUAUGUAAAUUGGGAAUAUCUAUAUUUAAUGUGCACACGUUUGGUUAUGUACGCAUAGCAAAAAUAAACGAUGUGAUACAAUAAAAAUUGGAAUAACCGGCAAGAUGAUAAAGUGGCUGAAAUUUUUGAGGACAGUUUCUUCUGGAAGGAUCGUCAUCAUAUCGUUAUUAUUCUUACUAUUUUCAGAUAAUGCGGCAGGAUUUAGACGAAAAGAGUUUAAGUAUUCCACACCUGCCCCGAAAUUCCUACAAACAGAGUCCAACUACACUUAUCACAAGGGUGAACGGGCCAUUCUCUAUUGUUCUGUUAAGCAUUUGGGUACAAAAGUGAUAAGUUGGCGAAGGGCGAAUGAAAGCCUUUUUCUUACGAGCGGAACAGUCAUUAUAACAAGUGACAAAAGAUUUGAAGUUGCUCACACAGAAGAUUCUAACAAUUGGAACCUCAUGAUUUCUAAUGUGUCCACAGCAGAUAGUGGUGCUUAUGAAUGUCAAAUUAGCUCUACGAACAGAGAUCUUCGUAAAGAAGUUUUCUUAAAUGUAAAAGACGAAUUCUCAUACGCUGAGCCGCGAAUAACAUUGACGGGUACUUUACAUGUUGAUCGAGGGAGAACAUUGAAACUCACGUGCAAUGCUUCAGGAGCUAUUACUCCGCCAGAUUCCAUAGACUGGUUUAAAGAUGGUACAAAAAUAGUGCCAGAUAGAAAAGUUGAGUUAAGAAAACAGUUUUUCAUUAAUUCAAGGACAAUUACAAGCAUUUUGACAAAAACAGACGUGCGCAUGUCUGAUACUGGGACUUAUUCCUGUCGGACGUCUGACCUCCAGGUUACUAGUGUCAGUGUUCAAGUUUUAAACACUAAUAAAAAUCCUGAUAAGAGAGGUAAGCAGUACGGUUUUCUUAUAUUCUUACACACAGCUCUCACCUAAACGAGCAAAAAGCUAAGCCGCAUGAUGACCGAUAUACACUUGGCGAUUCGAAUUCCCCGUCAUAUUCAAAUCAUAAAUCGUCAUCAUUGUAUAUUAUCGUGGUGUCAUUACUGUUGGGCAGUUUAAUACGAGAACUCUAGUUGUACGCUAUAGAUGUACCGACAUAUAUAUUCUAUUUCGCGUGUUUUACCUUUGAAAUGAGAAGAUUGACUAUGGAAAUGAUCAACAAAUGGCGUUGUAUUGUGCUAACAGACUAAGUUUGAUCAUUAAACAUGUAUAUAUUCAUAACGAAUUUGUGGUGAAUUCAAAAUUAUAAAUACAGUACAUGAUUCUGUGGCGCUAUGAAUUUGUCGGAUAUUCUGUUAGAACGAAGAGUAAUCUACACUGUGUAUCCUGUAAAAAUCCUAGAAUUAAGAAUAUACAGUAUGUAAGACUACAAAAAAAUGUUUUGUAAAUUGCAAGAAGGGACACAACAGAACUAAUAUGAUUCAGAAUUUAUUAUUAUUUUCAAUAAUACUUGUAAUGCUAAGAGUAAUAUUAGUUACGCCGUUUCUUCAACAGGCAUUUUAUCUUUACAGCGGGUUAAGUGUAAAUACCAAAGUUCAAUAAAACUGUUUAUCUUAUAAUGAUAAAACAAACACUUUGUUGGAAAAGAUGUUGAAAGUGAUGGUAUUUGGUAUUGAUUUAUAGGUCAAUUUAAUGACCUAUUUUAUGAAAGGUUUUUAUAUGUACAAAUGGCAAGUUGUGUUGAUGUUUAAACUACACUUUUCUUAACUGGAUUAGUUGCAAUCAUACUUGUAUUGUACUGGUUCACAUCGUUGUAUUCAAUGUCUCAAACAUGUCUAAAAUAUACAUAUAGUAUGUUCCGAUCCUUCAACUAGAUUCUGAUAUGAAGGAUUUGUCCUUGAAUCAUUAUAAAAUGGUUUGACGAUUCUGUGACACUGUUUUUGUUUCGAUUUUAAGAAACUACGAUUCUGUCAGUGUCACUUGGAAAAUGCCAGUCUUAGUUGCGCAAAGAAGACCUGAGUUUCCCAGUCAUUUAUAUUUUCAAGAAGGACCGAGUAUCCCAAGUAGAAUUAUCGACCUUCUGUAAGCAGACUGGGUAGAUUUCACAUUUAAGAUAAUCGAACGUCUCUGCGGGAUUCGAAGCCCAAGAAGCAAUGUGAAGUAAUCGACUUUAUUCACUUGACAACGGAGGCUCGAAGUAUCAAUGCUACGCAGAAUAAAAUUAAUUAAUACUGUAAGUCAGUAUUUUUGCUUAUGUCUGUGUACCAUAUAUCUUGUAAUGUUAACUUUAGUUUGCAUAUUAUUAGAAGCUAGAUAUUAAAAUAUGUUGAAAUAUUUAUGUACGGGUAUAUUUAUGUGUCAUACGUAGUAAUAAAUAUGCUCAAUUUAUUAUAUUAUAAAUUGACAUGAACAUUGUCUACA